GACACAAAAUACAUCAAAGUAAAGAAAUAUUCAUCAGAGAAAAUAAUGGAUAUUUGUGUGAAAAACGUAUUUUCAGUCAAAACUAAAGACUACGAAAAAUGUUUCGAAUUACAACCUUCACUGAAUUUUGACCAGAAUUUUCCACUGUUAGAUAUGCCAGAUGAAUUACUUAACAAUGAGAAUAAAAACUCAUUAGAUCCUUAUGAAAACCCUGCUGUUGAGUAUUCAGGAAAUAAUUCUCAUAUUCCAUCCAAGAGACCAUGUUCCUCCAAAGAAUUUGAUUUUGGCUUCCAAAAAUCUUUUGUGUCUGCUCGCCAGUUAAGCCAGUCAGUCAAUGAUUCCUUGAAAUCUGAAGUUGUACUGAGAGAAAAUAUAAGUGGGGAAGAUUUUGUUGUUCCAACUUGUAACCUAAAUGAAAGUCUGUAUGGAAAUCUAGAUGAUGAGUCAUUGAAAGAUAAUGACAGGUCCAGCAACCAGUCUUCAGUUGAGGCUGGAAAUCUUUCUGAGAGUAAUUACAAGUCCGUUGAAAAUAUUGAAAGUAAUAAAAAACACCAAAUAAAAUCAGAAAAGAUAAAACCAACGUUUGGUAAUCAAACAAAAAAGAUUCUUAAGCUAAAAGAUAAUAAUAAAUCAUCCACUAAAAAUAGCGGCAAUAUUGAAGAAAUAAAUGGUAAACAAGUAGCAAAAACCAAUACUGCAAGUCCGCUUAGUAAUAAAUCUUCUCUAAAAGAGAACUCUGGAGACAAUCAGGAUAGACUUCACUGCAAAGCUAAAAGCCAUGUUAUUCAUAAAACAAGCUCUCUGCAGAUGCCGAGCAAGAAUAAAAACCAAAAUCCUUCUAAGAAAAGCAAAUCUAAAUCUAAACAAGAAAACAAUGGAUCUUGUAAGAAUGUUUAUGAAGUUCCAAAUUUUGAACAGUCUAAUAAUAAUAAUAAUAAUAAUAAUAAUAAUAAUAAUAAUAAUAAUUUUGCAUCUGGCAAUUUGAAAGAAAAUGAAGAAAGUGAAAAUGACAGUGUUUCUAAUAAGGUAAAAGAAAAAAAUUCUAAAAAAGUUCCACCUCUUAAAAUCUCUGCUAUAAAUUCUGAGAUUCAUGGAAAUUUUCCAAAAUUUAAAUCUGAUUUAACAGAGAAAUAUGUGAAAGAAAACAAGAAGCAAAAAAGAAUUAAGUCUAAGAAUACGUCUUCAAACAGUUCUAAUGAUACACCGGCUUCUUCUGAUGUUAGGAAAACCUUUUCGGUGAUUGUCAGUGAACAAAUUACUGAGUGUAAUAAUAAUAUGAUUACAGAAAGGGAGACAGUUAUUAAAAAGCUUGAAAAUUAUAAGAUUCCAUUGAAGUCUAAAACAGCUGACAAGAAAAAAGCUGAGAGAAAGGAUGAAAAGGAGAAUAAUGGAAAUAUAUCUAAUGAGAUAGGUCCGGCUAUUGUGUCACCUACAUUUGCUGACAUGAAUAGCAUGAAUAAGCCAAGCAAAGAUGACUCUGUUGACACAGAUGAUGAAGAUCGCAUUUCAGAUCUUUUCCAGAAAGAAAAUAUUUAUGAAACUUUGGAAAAUAUCAACAACUCAAAACAGAAUGAACAGAUAUUGAUUGCGAGAAAGAUUGGCCUUCCUGCAAGUGAUUCUGAAAGAAGUGUUGCUAUUGAAAAACCAGUCAAAAGUAAACCUAAACUGAAAUCUAAAUCUGACAAACAUGAUAAAAAUAAAUUAAAAUCAAUAAAGCACAAGGAAAAAGAUUCAGCAGUUAAUAAAACACUUGAUCUUAAACAGAACACUCAUCAAUCUUCAGAUUCAUCAGCUAAAAAGAUAUCAAAAAAAAUUAAAAAUUCAUCUAAGGUAACUGAAGGCAUUUCUUGCAAAAAGUCCAAAGCUCCUGACAAAUUUGAUAAAAAGAAGGUUAAAGACAGCACUUUGGCUGUUUGUAAAAAGAAAAGAAUACAUAAUGACAAAAACACUAAAAAUAUCAAGCUCAAAAAAGCAGAUUUUGAAAAAAAGUCUUUUAAGAAAAAUAGAUCCAUUCCUCAUAAAUCUAAAGUACCUUGCAAGAAAAAGUGCAUGCAGGCAAGAAAUAUAUAUGAAUCUGGCACCUGGGUGGAGUGUACUCAGUUGCACUGCCAUAAGUGGAGAUGGUUACAAGAUGUACAUGAUCCAUUGUUGAUUCCACAUAACUGGAUUUGUGAUAUGAACCCAGAUGCUACUCAAAAUGACUGUUCCAUACCAGAGAUAGACUAUUGUGAUGAAGAAUUUAUUUUUACCCGUUACACAGAAGGUUCACUUGUGUGGGCAAGAGUGGAAGGUUAUCCUUGGUGGCCUGCAAUGGUUGAAAUAGAUCCUGAUUACACAUCAUACUUUGAAUUUGAAGAAGAAGAUAGUAUGUAUCCUGCCUCUUAUCAUGUAGUGUUCUUUGGUAAAAAAGUUUCCCGAGCUUGGGUUCCCUUAGCCUGUGUAAAGCCUUUUGAGACAAGUGACAGUCCACCAGCAUCUCAUGAAAAUGUUAAAUAUUCCCUGACUGAUCAGAGAACAGAAGCAAUAAAAUCAGCAAAUGAAGCUAUGAAGUUUGAUCUGAAAACAAGGCUGAAAAUAUACAGCUUCAGUAAACGUUUUUCUGGUUCCUGGGGUAAUUGUGAUUGCGAAGAUUGUGAUAAAAAUGAAACAAUGGAUUUAUCAGACAGUUGCUGAAUUAGUAUUUUGUGUUUGUAUUUCUGUUUUUUUAGUUAAAACCGUUUAUUUUUUUAAUGGACAUUUCUCAUUUUCUUGUCUUUUUAUCACCUCCAUUUCACUAUUCCGUAUCUCAACACCGAAAUGAAUUUCUCAUAUUUCAUAAACUACAUUGCAUUUGUUUAUCUCUGUUUUUCUUUCAUUUCAUUUAUCUUAUCUUCCUUUGUCUCCUCCUCUAUUUCAACAGACAAUAUUUCAUGUUAAUAUUUAUAUGAAUAUAUAUUUUUAGUAAAAACAA